GCCGCGACCUAGACACCCGUGUGUUGCGUCACACGAUCCCACGCGGCGAAACGAUCGAACGCGCACCACCAGUGACUCGAGAGGGAAACCUCUCGUAAACCGACAAGAUUGCGUCGCAAGUGGAGAUGCCGUCGAGCCUGUUCGGAGAGCUGGGCGGCGGGGGGCUGGUGGAGGACCAGCGCGCCUUCCAGCUCGCGCUCGAGCUCAGCAUGCUGAACUUCGGCGACACUCUGCCGACCGCGAACCCGCUGGCGAGCCCGCUCGGGUUCGCGCCGCCGCCCGACGACCGCGCCAAGAAAUCCCAGAACAUGACGGAGUGCGUGCCCGUGCCCUCCUCCGAGCACGUCGCCGAGAUCGUCGGCAGACAAGGCUGCAAGAUCAAGGCGCUGCGCGCGAAGACCAACACGUACAUCAAGACCCCGGUGCGCGGAGAGGAGCCCGUGUUCGUGGUGACGGGCCGCAAGGAGGAUGUGGCGCGCGCCAAGCGCGAGAUCCUCUCCGCCGCCGAGCACUUCUCGCAGAUCCGCGCGUCGCGCAAGUGCGGUGCCGCGCCGCCGCCGCCCGCCGGCGCGCCCGGCCACGUGACGGCGCAGGUGCGUGUGCCGUACCGCGUGGUGGGGCUGGUGGUGGGCCCCAAGGGCGCCACCAUCAAGCGCAUCCAGCACACCACGCACACUUACAUCGUGACCCCGUCGCGCGAGCGCGAGCCCGUGUUCGAGGUGACGGGGCUGCCCGAGAGCGUGGAGGCGGCGCGCAAGGAGAUCGAGGCGCACAUCGCGCUGCGCACGGGCGCGGCGUCGGGCGCCACGGGCGCGGGCGCGGUGGCAGGCGCGGAGGGCGAGCCGCUGGCGCAGCUGUACCGCGCGGGGCUGGCGUCGCUGCUGCGGCCGGAGGCGGAGGCCGCGUUCUCAUCGGCCGGCUCGUGCUCGUCGGGCGGCUCGUCGGGGCGCCUGGGCGACCUGCUGGGCAUCUGGUCGUCCACGGAGCGCGACGAGGGGCUGGGCGAGUCGCCGUCGUUCGAGUCGCCGGGCGCGGGCGGCGUGUGGGCGUGGGGGCCGCCGCGGCCGUCGCCCGCCGCGUCGCCGGCGCGCAGCUGCGCCGUGUGCGGCGAGCGCGGCGUGGCGGCGGCGCUGGUGCCGUGCGGCCACAACCUGUUCUGCCUGGAGUGCGCGCAGCGGCUGGCGGCGGGCGCGCAGCCGUGCCCCGCGUGCGCCGCGCCCGCGCACCAGGCCAUCCGCAUCCUGUCGUAAGCCGCCACCGCCGCGCCGUCGCGCCGUCGCCACCGCCCGCGGGACUGACCUUUUUUACUUAAAUCGUUACGAAAAUAUUAAAAAAAAAAAGUCGCGUAAUCGAAAUCCUGGUGCCAAAAGUCGGCGCCUCGCCGGCACGGCCCGUCCGCCGCGCCGUACCUAUCGUAAGUCGGCAGAGUUACUCACGAUAUAUUUUCUUAUUAUGAACGUUUUUUAUUAGGUCGGCGAGCGUCCGCCGCGCUCGCCGCCGCAGAGAGAGUCGAGGUACGUUACGAUAGAAUUUCGAAAAAAAGCAUAAAAUUUAAAAAAAGUUGUAUAAUUAUUAUUAUUGAUGAUAGCGUAAAUGAGAAAUCGAAAAUUUAUAUAAAGCUUACCUAACGUAGUAGCGUCGAGUAUUAAGAUAUCGUAAUAU